AUGGAGGGGCGCGCGAGUCCCCCGGGCGAGCCCCGCUCCCGGACCGCGGUGGCCGUGCUGUUCCGCGGCCCCGUGGAGCCAGUCGUCUUCCUGGCCAACUUCGCCUUGGUCCUGCAGGGCCCCCUCACCACACAGUACUUGUGGCACCGCUUCAGUCUCGACCUCGGCUAUAAUGGCACCCGCGAGCGGGGGGACUGCGGCAACCACAGCGCUAACCCCAUCAUGAAGGAAGUGGAGACCCUGACCUCCCACUGGACCCUCUACAUGAACCUGGGUGGCUUCCUGGUGGGGCUCUUCUGGUCCACCCUGCUGGGGGCCUGGAGUGACUGCGUGGGCCGCCGCCCGCUGCUGGUGCUGGCCUCCCUGGGCCUGCUGCUCCAAGCUGUGGUGUCCAUCUUCGUGGUGCAGCUGCAACUCCAUGUUGGCUACUUCGUGCUGGGCCGAAUCCUCUGUGCCCUCUUUGGUGACUUCAAUGGUCUCCUAGCUGCUAGCUUUGCCUCCGUGGCCGAUGUCAGCUCCAGCCGCCAUCGCACCAUCCGAAUUGCCCUUCUGGAAGCAUGUAUUGGUGUGGCGGGGAUGCUUGCGAGCCUCCUCGGGGGCCACUGGCUGCGGGCCCAAGGUUAUGCCAACCCCUUCUGGCUGGCCUUGGCCUUGCUGAUCUUUGCAACUCUCUAUGCAGCAUUCUGCUUUGGGGAGACUGUGAAAGAGCCAAAGUCCACCCGGCUUUUCACGCUCAGUCAUCACCGAUCAAUUGUCCAACUCUACGUGACUUCAGCCCCAGAGAAGUCCAGGAAGCACUUAGCCCUGUACUCUUUGGCCAUCUUUGUGGUGAUCACUGUGCAUUUUGGGGCCCAGGAUAUCCUGACCCUCUAUGAGCUCAGCACACCCCUCUGCUGGGACUCCAAGCUGAUCGGCUAUGGCUCUGCAGCUCAGCAACUUCCUUACAUUACCAGCUUGCUGGGCCUGAGGCUUCUGCAAUUCUGCCUGGCAGACUCCUGGGUGGCUGAGAUUGGCCUAGCCUUCAACAUCCUAGGAAUGGUGGUGUUUGCAUUUGCUACAAUCACACCCCUCAUGUUCACAGGGUAUGCCUUGCUUUUCCUGUCAUUAGUCAUUACACCUGUUAUCCGGGCCAAGCUGUCCAAGCUGGUGAGCAAAACAGAGCAUGGUGCUCUCUUUUCGGCUGUGGCCUGUGUGAACAGCUUGGGUAUGCUGGUGGCCUCUGGCAUCUUCAACUCACUCUACCCAGCCACUCUGAACUUCAUGAAGGGCUUCCCUUUCCUUCUAGGAGCUGGCCUCCUCUUCAUCCCUGCCAUUCUGAUUGGGCUACUGGAAAGGAGUAAUCCUCACCCUGAAUUCCAGCAGUUUCCUCAGAGCCCCUGAUCUGCCUGGGCCAGAGGACAGAGGGCAAGAAAAGCAGAGUGAACAUGUACCAACAGCAAGACUGCACCCAGAAGCCCGGUGCACAGCAACACAAGACCUCAUCAGAGCAAGCACUGACAACUUGGUCAGGCUAGAUCCAGGGACCUCCUGGUUCACAGCUAAGCCAGCCUCUGUCUAGGAUAUGGACUUCUAACACGGAUAGGCCCACUCCAGGGCAGGUACAGGGAGCCAUUUGAGGCAGGAGUCUGUUUACCUUUUAUGUCAUCCAUCACUUUGAAUCCUCCAGGGGAGAAGUAACACUUCAGGGACUAGGUGAAGCAGGAGGGCUGACUUCUCACCUUCAGCUCAAACUAUUCAGCCCAUGGUACUAGGCCUCUGCCAGCCUUGGGGGCCAGAGGGAAAGGCUGCUGUGCCAUGGUUGAGAAUCAGUCCUUGACCAUGACCUGUCCACCCUUGACCUCAGCAGUGUUGUCACAAUAAAUCAGUUGAAUCAGGCUUAAAAGAACCUUCCAGACCUCAAAGCUUUGGU